GCCCACAGAACCCAAAGAAAUGGUGUUACCUGGCAAGAGGUCUUCUGUCUGUUCUAAGAAAUCAGACCAAGAGCUCUGAGAUUCAUAAGGCAGUAAUCAGGAGGCAAAUGCUAUUGGAAGAACCCAACAAGAAAGCAGAAUUUUAGAGUGAUAUCAGGUCUUGAUGUGAAGAUACAUCUGCGUUUUACCAAGAAUCUCCUACACCAUACUUUGAAGAGUAAACAGAGAACGUUGAUCAUGGAAAUCAAAGAGGAAGGAACCUCUGAGGAAGGCCAGCACUUUCUUCCUGCCCCCCAAGCAAAUGACACUGUUGACUUUCAGCUCACUGGUAUUCAGAAGACUCCAAAUGAACCACAGUUGGAAUUCAACCUUGCCUGCAAGGAUCUGCUGGCUCCCGGGCGCGAGCGAAAGCUGAACACCCUGGUGCAAGUUUUGGUGAUCCAGCCCGCAGAGCAGACUCCGACUAGAUACACCAGCACAGAAAUUGUAGAGGGAACAAGGGACCCACUGUUUUUGACUGGAGUCACAUUCCCAUCUGAGUACCCCAUCUAUGAGGAGACCAAGAUAAAGCUGGUGGUGUAUGAUGUCAAGGAUAAGUCUCACGAGACGGUUCAAACCAGUGUCCUUUCUGAACCAAAGGAUUCCCCAGCAGAGGUUGGGCGAAGCUUCCUGGGCUGUGCCAGCUUUAAAGUGGGGGACCUGCGAAAGUCAAAGGAACAACUUCUUUCCCUGAAUCUCAGAACUUCAGAUGGUGGCAAGGUGGUUGGCACCAUAGAAGUCAGUGUCGUGAAGAUGGGGGAGAUGGAGGAUGGGGAAGCCGACCACAUCACAACAGAUGUGCAGGGACAAAAGUGCGCACUGGUAUGUGAGUGUACCGCUUCAGAAAGUAUGAAUGGAAAGGAUCACUUACCUUUUUUGAAUGCAGUGCUAAGGAAUCCAGUGUGUAAGUUAUAUAGAUUUCCAACCUCUGAUAAUAAGUGGAUGCAGAUUCGGGAGCAGAUGUCCGAGAGUAUACUUUCUUUCCAUAUUCCUAAGGAAUUGAUCGCCCUUCAUAUUAAAGAGGAUUUGUGUAGAAAUCAAGAGUUGAAAGAACUCGGUGAGCUCUCUCCACAUUGGGACAAUCUACGGAAAAAUGUCCUCACUCACUGUGAUCAGAUGGUGACGAUGUACCAGGACAUUCUGUCUGAACUGAGCAAAGAAACAGGCUCUUCUUUCAAAUCAAGCAGCAGCAAAGGAGAGAAAACAUUAGAAUUUGUCCCAGUCAAUCUGCAUUUGCAGAGAAUGCAUGUACACAGCCCGCAAGUGAAAGAUGCUCUCUAUGAUGUCAUCACCGUGGGAGCCCCAGCUGCCCAUUUUCAGGGGUUUAAAAGUGGUGGUCUUCGGAAGCUUCUCCACAGAUUUGAAACUGAAAGAAGAAAUACCGGAUAUCAAUUUAUUUACUAUUCACCGGAAAACACAGCCAAAGCAAAAGAAGUUCUCAGCAACAUCAAUCAACUACAACCUCUGAUAACAACCCAUGCGGACCUACUGCUUAAUUCUGCAAGCCAGCACUCUCCAGACAGCUUGAGGAAUUCUUUAAAGAUGCUUUCAGAAAAAACAGAGCUUUUCGUACAUGCCUUCAAGGACCAGCUGGUCAGAAGUGCUCUCCUAGCACUCUACACAGCCAGGCCAGGAGGGGUUCUCAAGAAAAGCCCCUCUUCUAAGGACCUGACUGUCGAGUGUGAACCUCAGGAACUUCCUCCACCCAUGAAAAGGCAGGACUCGAUCCCCCACCACUCCGACUAUGACGAGGAAGAGUGGGAUAGGGUGUGGGCCAACGUGGGAAAGAGUCUGAACUGCGUUAUUGCUAUGGUGGAUAAACUCAUUGAAAAAGAUGUCAGCCAGGAAAGCAGCAGCAGUAGCAGCAAAGAUGUAGAAAAGGAUCCUUCCCCUGUGGACGCUCCCAUAACUCAUCCAAAGGACGACUGGUAUGAACAGCUGUACCCACUCAUCAUGUCCCUGAAGGAGAGCAUGGGUGAGGUAGUAAGCAGAGCUAAGCAGUGCCUGACCUUCGUGCUCCUUCAGGAACUCGCCUACAGCCUGCCCCAGUGUUUGAUGCUGACCCUGCGGAGAGACAUUGUCUUCAGCCAGGCGCUUGCUGGAUUGGUUUGUGGUUUUAUCAUCAAAUUACACACAAGUUUGCAUGACCCUGGCUUCCUCCAGCAGCUUUACACCGUGGGAUUGAUCGUGCAGUACGAAGGUCUGCUAAGCACUUACAGUGAUGAAAUUGGGAUGCUAGAGGACAUGGCUGUGGGCAUUUCCGAUUUGAAGAAAGUCACAUUUAAAAUAAUAGAAGCCAAAUCCAAUGAUGUCUUACCCUUGGUAACUGGAAGACGUGAACAUUAUGUGGUGGAGGUGAAGCUUCCAGCCGGAAUGUUUGAGUCUCUGCCUUUACCCAUCAGAGAAGGACAGCUGCUCCACAUCCAUCCAGUGCUUUUCAAUGUUGGAAUCAAUGAACAGCAAACUUUUGCUGAGAGGUUUGGUGAUGUCUCUUUGCAGGAAACUAUUAACCAGGAAAAUUUUGAGCUUCUGAAAAAAUAUUGCACAGUGUUUAUGGAAAAGAUGCCUCCAGAUUUCAUUACGCAUUUUCAAGAACAAUAUGAUUUAAAAGGAUUAUUAGAAAAUCUCCACCAAAAUAUCCAAGCCAAAAAAAGAAAGAACGUGGAAAUCAUGUGGCUGGCAGCAACGAUUUGUCGCAAACUGAACGGUAUCCGCUUCACCUCUUGCAAAAGUGCCAAAGACAGAACAUCCAUGUCGGUGACACUGGAACAGUGUUCCAUCUUGAGAGAUGAGCACCAGCUACAUAAGGAUUUCUUUGUGCGAGCACUGGAUUGCAUGAGAAGAGAAGGAUGCCGCAUAGAGAAUGUUCUGAAGAAUAUCCAAUGCAGAAAGUAUGCUUUCAACAUGCUGCAGCUGAUGGCUUUCCCCAAGUAUUACCGACCACCAGAGGGGACUUAUGGAAAAGCUGACACCUAAAUUGGCAUCCUGUAAAUAAACAGGGACACAAACAGGCUGCAGCUGGACAUCUCUUAAUCUUCAUCUUUUAUUGAAAACAAACAAAAUAUUGUCAUAAAUUUGUGGAAUAUGGUGGUGAGAGAUUUUACUCCCACGUAGGAAUCACUGACUCUGAAAGUAACCCAUUGACAAAAAUCCCAGGAUUA